AUGGCAGGUCGGCACACUUCAAUUGCGAAUACUGCUGCUGUUGCUGCUGCUGCUACAAAUGUUCAAUACGAGCGUGCCUUGGUGAGCAUCGAGUAUGUGCGUGUGAACAAUAUUGAUAAAAGGACUCCUGGUCACCUCUACGGAACAGUAAAGGUCAAGGACUUCUGGGGCCUUCAUACGGUGUAUGAUCGGAGUUCAAGUGACUAUGAGAGCAAAGGUCCUGGCGAAUUUGCCACAUUGACAGGCCCUUCUGAUGCUAUUUCGGGCUAUGAUGUGUUUAUUAUCAGCGUCAGUUUGUGGCACCAUGACAGCUUGUCCCCCAAGGAUGAGAUUGCUCAAGGUGACAUCGUGUGGGAACCAAGAAAUGAGAAUCUAACUUUCGCCAAUUACGACAAGCGUUUGGAGAAGGUUGUGUUUGGUCAAUAUGGCAGUGUUACAGUGGGUUACUCCGUAAUAAGAUAUGCUCUUAACGCCACUGUCAAAGUUGUGCUGAUCAACGGGGAUAAUAAAUCGCCGGCGGAUGUGCAUGGAACAAUUAAAGCUUCGCAGGUUAUAGGGGUAUCAGAGACAUCCCUCACAUUGUUUGAGAAAUCAUCCGGUGAAUAUGUCCAAGUGAGUCCCAAUCAAUCUAUUCCCCUGACUCGUUCAGUUGUGGUAGCACCAGCAAGUUCCGGGUUAACAAUCAUGGCAGAUUUGUGGAAUUAUGAUACGCUGUCACCUGGUCACCAAAUUGCAAAGGGAAGUGCGCACUUUGAUGCCGUGGUCGGAACCCAAAUCAAGAGCAUAUACAGUCAACAUGGUGAAGUGCAAGUAUCCGUCACUUGUGAGUAA